UCUCCCGGCCUUCCAUAAUAUCCGCCUUAGCCGACAACCACAACAACUUUCCAGCCUCAACCCCCUUCGAAACCUGUGCGAUUUAACACUCGGCUCUUCCAAUUACCCCUUCUCCUCCAUCGUCAUAUCCCAUAACGACCUCAAAUUGGCAACCUCAACGGCGUAAAGGGCUUUCCGGCCAGGGCCGGCCAUACAUACAGCCCCGAGCUUGACUUUCCACCUCCGCGUCGCUCCGCUACUCGUACGCGCCCUCGCGACCAUGGCCAUCCAACAACACCAGGAAGACAGCGAGGUCACAAAUCCCGUCAAGAGGAUAAGAUGGGCCACCCACCGUGCCACCGCGCAAAGUGCCGAGCACAAGCGUCACUCGUUGAAGGAACGUCUGCAUAGGAGAAUAGGUUCUGGUAGCGAGAAGAAGAGGGAAUCAUUCGGCAAGGAGGCAGGCCCGUCAGAGAAUGGUGAUCUUGAAAGCUCAGAAGGAGGCAGCGAAGAGGACGAAGCAGGUCGAAGGGUAUACUUCAACAUCCCUCUCCCCUCUUCAGAAAAAGACGAAGACGGCCGUCCGUUACAACACUACGCACGAAACAAGAUACGGACCGCCAAAUACACACCGCUCAGCUUUAUUCCGAAAAACUUGUGGUUUCAAUUCCACAACGUUGCAAACAUUUACUUCUUGUUCAUCAUUAUUCUAGGUAUAUUCUCCAUCUUUGGAGCCGAAAAUCCAGCACUGAAUGCUGCACCUCUGAUCGUUAUCUUGUGUGUUACUGCCAUCAAAGAUGCCAUUGAGGACUGGCGCCGAACCGUCCUCGACAACGAACUCAACAACGCGCCCGUGCAUAGAUUGGUCGAAUUCAACAAUGUCAAUACUGCUGGAGAUGUCGUUAACUACUGGCGAAGGAUCAAGAAAGCAUGCACCAGGGGUGUGAUUUGGACCUGGAGGAGCAUGAAGAAAUUAAGCAACAAGAAUAAGGCUGGCAGUGAGAAGGAUCCCGAAGUAUCGAGGCCUUCGAUCGAAACGCGACGUGCAUCGGUUGCAACGAAGAGGUCGUCUUACUUCGAGACGGACCAUGGACGCAACGGCGAGGAAGGAAUUCAGAUGACACCAGUACCGUCACCUCUUCCGGGACAAUCACCGCCUACGGACGCGAUCCGCUUCGGUGAUCAGACGCACGUCAAGGAAGGCGAUAAUGCCAGGGCCCAAAAUCCGCCAAACGGCACGAAGAAGUUUUGGGGUAGCGUCAUGGACCCUUAUACCACCACGCCCGACAAGGCUCGCUUCAAGAAGGACAUGUGGAAGAACGUACAGGUCGGCGACUUUGUGCGACUUUAUAACGACGAGGAGGUCCCAGCUGAUGUGAUUGUUCUAUCCACAUCGUCCGAAGACGGCGGUUGUUACGUUGAGACGAAGAACCUGGAUGGCGAAACCAACUUGAAGGUUCGUAACGCUCUUCAUAGUACCCGCGACGUUAAGCAUGCGCGUCACUGUGAACGCGCCGAGUUUGUGAUUGAGAGCGAAGGUGCCCAUUCAAACCUCUAUUCGUACAGCGCCGUCAUCCGCUGGAAGCAGUACGAUGCAAAGGAUCCCGAAGUUCCCGCCUACGACAUGGCCGAACCCAUCUCCAUCAACAAUCUCCUCCUCCGUGGUUGCCAGAUUCGUAACACCGAGUGGGUACUCGGUGUCGUCGUUUUCACUGGCGAGGAUACCAAAAUCAUGAUCAAUUCAGGAGUUACACCUAGCAAGCGAGCUAAGAUCACCAAAGACCUGAACUGGAACGUCAUUUACAACUUCGUUAUCCUGUUCUUCAUGUGUCUGGUUUCCGGCAUUGUUCUGGGUGUCUACUGGGGAAAAACCGACACAUCACACGCCUACUUUGAGUUCGGAUCCUUUGGAAAUAACAAACCUGCCCUCGAUGGUGUCAUCGGCUUCUGGGCUGCUGUCAUCUUGUUUCAGAAUUUGGUCCCCAUCUCUCUCUACAUCACUCUUGAAAUCAUUCGCACAGCGCAGGCUUUCUUCAUUUACAGCGACGUUCUCAUGUACUACGACAAGAUCGAUUAUCCCUGCACGCCCAAGUCCUGGAACAUCUCCGACGAUGUCGGGCAGAUCGAGUACAUCUUCUCGGACAAGACUGGCACGCUUACUCAGAAUGUCAUGGAAUUCAAGAAGGCGACCAUCAACGGUGUCCCAUACGGUGAAGCAUACACAGAGGCUCAAGCUGGUAUGCAGCGUCGACAAGGCAUUGAUGUUGAGCAGGAAGGUGCUCGUGCCCGCGAACAAAUCGCACGUGAUCGUGUCCGUAUGCUUGAGGGAAUUAGGAAAAUGCACAAUAACCCGUAUCUUAACGACGACGACUUGACUUUCAUCGCACCGGAUUAUAUCGGAGAUCUCGCAGGUGAUUCUGGACCAGAACAACGCGUUGCUAAUGAGCGCUUCAUGGUUGCACUGGCCUUGUGCCACACUGUCAUUACCGAGAGGACCCCAGGCGACCCCCCGAGGAUUGAAUUCAAGGCGCAGUCUCCGGAUGAGGAGGCCUUGGUAUCCACAGCUCGUGACGUUGGGUUCACUCUCGUCGGCCGUGAAGACGACCGUUUGGUUGUAAAUGUUCUGGGAGAGGAGCGUCGAUACACUGUCCUGAACACUCUCGAAUUUAACUCGACUCGAAAGCGUAUGAGUGCCAUCAUCCGCAUGCCCGAUGGUAAAAUCAUCUUGUUCUGCAAGGGAGCUGACAGUAUGGUCUAUUCUCGACUCAUUCCCGGUGAGCAACGAGAACUCCGCGCGGCCACAGGAGAGCAUCUCGAAAUGUUUGCCCGGGAAGGCUUGCGAACAUUGUGCAUUGCACAGAGAGAAAUCUCAGAAGAAGAAUACCAGGAGUGGAACAGAGACUACGAUAUCGCUGCAAACUCAGUCAACGGCCGCGAAGAAAAGUUGGAAGAGGUUUCGGACCGUAUCGAGAACCAUCUAUGGCUCCUUGGUGGCACUGCUAUUGAGGACAGGCUGCAAGAUGGCGUGCCAGACGCUAUCUCCUUGCUUGGUAAGGCCGGCAUCAAGCUAUGGGUGCUUACAGGAGACAAGGUGGAGACUGCCAUCAACAUUGGAUUUUCUUGCAACCUCCUCGACAACGAUAUGGAUCUGAUCAUUUUCAAGGUUGACGACAACAGUGUUGCUACAGCCGAGGCAAUGCUGGACGAGAAACUGGCCAUUUUCGGGAUGACUGGUUCCCAAGAGGAGCUUGAUGCUGCACAGAAUAAUCACGAGCCGCCCGCUGCAACGCAUGCCAUUGUCAUUGACGGAGACUCACUAAAGCUCGUCCUGGAGGAAGAGACGAGACGCAAAUUCCUACUACUCUGCAAGCAGUGCCGCGCGGUACUCUGCUGCCGAGUCAGUCCCAGUCAGAAGGCAGCUGUUGUGAACAUGGUUAAGACUGGCCUUGACUGCCUUACCCUGGCCAUUGGAGACGGUGCUAACGACGUUGCCAUGAUCCAAGAAGCUCACGUUGGUGUGGGCAUUGCGGGUGUUGAAGGUCGCGCUGCUGUCAUGGCAUCGGACUAUGCCAUUGGCCAAUUCCGCUUCCUCACCCGCCUCGUACUUGUCCAUGGUCGAUGGUCUUACCGUCGACUCGCCGAAUGUAUCGCCAACUUCUUCUACAAGAACAUCGUUUGGACAUUUUCUCUCUUCUGGUACCAGAUUUACACGAACUUCGACAGCCAAUUCGUUUUCGACUACAGCUACAUUGUAUGGUUCAAUCUUGCAUUCACCUCUUUACCUGUCAUCUUGAUGGGUGUUCUCGAUCAGGAUGUCAAUGAUAAAGUCUCGUUGGCGGUUCCUCAGCUCUAUCGACGUGGUAUUGAACGCAAGGAAUGGACGCGCCGAAAGUUCUGGGGCUAUAUGGUCGACGGAGUCUAUCAAUCCGCGAUAACAUUCUUCAUGGUAUAUCUCGUCUUUUCCCCAGCCAACGUAAACACCUCCAAUGGACUCGGCAUCGGCGACAUCAAAAGAAUGGGUGUGAUUAUAGCUACGAUCGCAGUCAUGGCUGCCAACUUCUACGUCCUGUUCAACUCAUACCGAUGGGACUGGUUGAUUGUUGUCGUAAUCAUCAUCAGCACACUCUUCAUCUGGUUGUGGACGGGGAUCUACUCAUCCUUCCCAGCAAGCGCCCAGUUCUACAAGGCUGGCGCAGAAGUAUAUGGGUCGUUGACUUUCUGGGUCGUCAUACUGCUCGCCACGGUUAUCUGCUUACUUCCACGUUUCACCGUCAAGGUCAUUCAGAAGAUCUACUUCCCACGCGACGUGGACAUCAUCCGUGAGCAAGUUAAGCAAGGCAAGUUCGAUUAUCUCAAGGAAACCGAAGCUUUCGUUCCACCUCCUCCACCAGUUGAGAAGAUGGAUUCUAUGGCUUCAUCAGAACCGGCCAAGUACAAGGCCGCGAACGCUCAGAUGGGAGACGAAGACAUUCGGCCAAUCUACCCACCUUCAGUAGCUCCAACGGCCACUACCCACAAUCCCCGGAGCCAGAAUGGCAGUGGAAGCACCGAUUAUACAUUCCGACAGUCCGUGGAGGGCAUUCCUGCACAUCGGAUGUCCAUGGAUCGCCCCCGACCUUCCUACGACCGUGCUAGGAUGUCCAUGGACCGCGUCAGGCCCAGCUUUGAGGCGAGCAAUGACUUCACAUCUGCGGCUAUGUUGACUCGCAUGGAGUCUUCUCACAGCCGGAAUAGUUUGCCGGCUCAGGACCCGCACACCAUGCAGACAGGUCAGAGAAUGAGCCGACUACGAAAUGCCUUCCGAAGACCUACAGUCACGCGAGAAGAGGCACCUGACCUGGACGAAAUACAUCCCCCACUGCCAGGAAGCCCACCGCGAAGUCCUCCGCGAUAAACUUCCUGUCACACUCGACAACACAAGUAAUAAGUCACUAUAGCAUAUUAUUCCCGAUUACGACUGUAUAUAGUAACGCCCGGCUUGGGUACAGCCGAUCUAACCCUGCACAAAAUCUCUGUUGCUUGCUUUACCUUUAUUCCACCAUGGACUGGCGUUAUUUGUAUAGAGAGCCA